GGUUUGAGUGAAGAGAGGGAGAGCCAUCGAAUUGCAGAAAACUGUCUAAGAAAUGGAUAAGUUCUACGAGUUCAACUGAACGCCAAGACCUUCAAUUUCAUCAGUCGACGCCAUGGCUGGGAUCACCAGCACCUUCACUUGCAGACCUCUUCUAUCCAGAUCCAAUCACUUUCCUACGCCGCAAUCUACUCUCUCCUCACUUCAAUCCAACCAAUGUCACCUUCUCUCCUCUUCGCUCUCCAACUCUAACAUCUCAGUUCGCUCCUCCUCUACCUUUUCCAUCUCCGCGCGCUAUGGCGGAAGAGGCGCCCCUUCUCAGUCACGUGCUCCUUCUCGUGCCAGCGACUACGACGAAGCUCUUGAUAUAUCAUCAAUCAGGUCGGAUACUGUGAGACUGAUUGAUGAGCAACAGAAUAUGGUUGGAUUGUUAACAAAAAGAGAAGCUAUUAAAAUGGCUGAAGAUGCUGAACUUGACCUGGUAAUACUGUCACCAGAAGCUGAUCCGCCUGUUGUUAGAAUAAUGGAUUACAACAAAUAUAAAUAUGAACAGCAAAGGAAGAAAAAAGCACAGCAGAAGAAAAGUGCUGCUGGGCGCAUGGAUCUGAAGGAGCUAAAAAUGGGUUAUAACAUUGACGAUCAUGAUUAUACUGUGCGUCUAAAAGCUGCACAGAAGUUUCUGAAAGACGGGGACAAGGUUAAGGUGGUUGUAAACUUAAAAGGUCGUGAAAAUGAGUUCAGAAAUAACGCGAUUGAGCUCCUGAGGCGGUUCCAGAAUGAUGUGGGCGAGCAAGGGGCGGAGGAAGCAAAGGGUUUCAGGGACAGAAACAUGUUCAUAAUUUUGGUCCCAAACAAAAUAGUUGCCCAGAAAAGUCAAGAACAGCAGCCACCAAAGAAAAAAGAGGAUUCUGCAACAACAACAACAACAACAAGCCCAGUGUCGACUGGCGUUUGAAUCUAAGGUUGCGGUUUUGAAGGUAGAACAUUUAACAAUUGGGUAAUUUAUUGUUUCUGUAUAAUAGAGAUGUUGAUCUUUAACAAUGAAAUAGCGCCUUUAAAUUAAAUCCGAAUUUGUACCAUUUCCUUUGGUACUGAUCAUUGAGAACUGGCAACUAUAUAUCUUAAUUGAC